AUGACCGAGCAUUCCCAACUUGAAGCACUGGCAUUAAAUUAUCUUCGAAACCAAGACAUUUCAGCUAUUCCUAGCAGAAUUCCGAAACUCAAUCCUUGCAGUAUUUGCCAAAAAGCAAUCUUAACACAUCGAUUUCAAUCGUUCGUUGUGUUGGAUUGCGAAUACCUUUUUCACAGGAAGAAGAAGCGGUACUGGCCUCUGGUGAAUAUCACUUUCGGAAAAAAACAAACUGAUAGUCCGAGCGAUGAAGCACUCAUGAGAGCAUUAGGCUUUAUGAAGAUGGCUCUCGUGCUAGACAAGGGAGUCAAUCAAAGCAAGUCACUAUGCAGGAUCAGGCGACAAGCCCAAUCAUGA